UAAAAAUAAAUGUAGACAGAUUCUGCCUGGCUGUGAUGCACUUAACACUAAGAAAAAGAUGGCACUCAGAAGGGCAACCCCUAACACCGUUCAUAUGUAUAGGAAUUUUUCUUACCACCACCUAAAGUAGUAGAAGCCUUUGAAAAUUUGACACAGUGCAACAAAAUCCCUUCACCUUAUCUCUUUUUCUUCAUGCACAGUCAUCACCUUUGUCUUUUCCAUGGCUAAAAUCUGGAUUGAGGUGUGCUUGAUAUCUGCUCGUGGUGUGAGGGGUUCUCCCUCACUUUGGAAGCGUCAAUGGUAUGCUGUAGGGUGGGUUGAUCCUAAGAGCAAGUACUGCACCAAAGUUGACGCUUCUGGGAACGCCAACCCUGUCUGGAGGACCAAGUUUGCCCUUCAGGUUGAUAACUCUGAGCCAGAUCUUGCACUCCACGUGGAGGUUUACAGCAGAGAUCCUGUGUUCUUAACUGAGAAGCUUCAUGGCUCAGCUACCGUUGUUCUCAGAGAGUUUCUGACUAAGGAGGUCCACAACAACUCUGAGGAAGUGGGGAGCUACCAGUUGAGAAAGAACAAGUCUAAUAAACCAAGUGGCUUCGUUGAUGUUUCAAUCCGUGUUUCUGAGGACAAGGAGGAGCUUAAUUUCCACCCACAAGGUGAUGGGGGAGGAAUAAUACUAGAUUAUGGCAAUAGUACUACUCACUUGACCACAGGGGCUGGAUUUGGGCAACCCUAUCCACAGAAAAGGGCUCAUGGUUCAUUCCAUGGGCCUCAAAAGCAGGCCCAAACAAAUUUCCCCUACUCACACCCAGUGCCAUUUCCUGCAGACUAUGCUACUGACCCUUAUAUGGGUGGACCAAGCUAUGCACCUGCUGGACCAAGUUAUCAACCACCCAGAACAAUAACACCUCCACCACCACCACCACCACCACCCUCAAAUGUUAAUUACGCUCCCAAUUUUUCCCCAAGUAGUGGUGGAAUGGCACCUAGUUAUUUCAACAUGCCAUCAUCAUCAUCAUCAUCAUCUGGGGCAGGUCCUAGGCCAAGGGGUCCUCCAGGAUUUGCAAUUGGGGCAGGUGCUGGAGCAUUGGCUGCUGGGGCUGUUAUGUUUGGUGAUAACUUCAUGUCAGGAUUUGAUGUUCCUUCUGGUUUUGGAGGUGAUCCAACUCUUACCAUUGCAACUGAUCCUCUUUUCUGAACUAGAAUUAAGCACUUUUGUAAUUAUUAUUAUGUUGGGCUGCACAUAUAUAUGGUCAUUGUGCCAUAUAAAAGAGUUCUAGCUACAUGCUUUGGGAUUAACACUAACCUGUUAGAGAAAAUGCAUGAAGAGUUUUCUUCUUCUGCCCGAAUCUGAAAAACAAAUUUUUUGGCGGUAUUACUGUUGUUUUUUCUUUAGUUUCAUGGUGCACUUUGGCUAAAAGAAAAAGAAAAAUAGGUGCCUUGUGUUGGGUUUAGGGGAAAAUAUAAUUAAAAUGUAUACAAUACUGUCUUGUUAUAUA